CCGGAGAGGUCUAGAGAGCGCCACAACUGCCCUGCCACUUUAGUCACACUUUGGCACGCAAACCAAGACAAUACAGAAGACUCCAACGCCUAAAUAUGCCCCUUUCAAGCAGCUCCACGUCCUCCACAAAGAGCAUCCGCAGAGCAGCAUCCGAGCUGGAGAGGUCUGACUCCAUCACGUCUCCAAGAUUCAUCGGCAGGCGUCAAAGCUUGAUCGAGGACGCGCGCAAGGAGAGGGAAGCCGCCGCCGCAGCGGCAGAGGCUGCAGAGGCCAGUGAACAGAUAGUGUUUGAGGAGGACGACGGGAAAGCGCUCCUGAACAUCUUCUUCACUUUAAGAAGCUCCAAGACACCUGCACUGUCGCGGACACUCAAAGUUUUCGAGACAUUUGAAGCUAAGAUUCAUCAUUUGGAGACGCGACCAUGUCGAAAGCUCAAGGAGAACCUGGAAGGCCUGGAGUACUUUGUUCGCUGUGAGGUGCACCUCUCAGAUGUCAGUACUCUUAUCAGCUCCAUCAAGAGGAUUGCAGAGGAUGUUAAAACCACCAAAGAAGUCAAAUUCCAUUGGUUCCCAAAAAGAAUAGCAGAUUUGGACAGAUGUCAUCAUCUGGUCACAAAAUUUGAUCCAGACUUGGAUCAAGACCAUCCUGGCUUCACAGACCCUGCUUACAGACAGAGGAGGAAAAUGAUUGGAGACAUCGCCUUCAGAUACAGACACGGGGAUUCGAUUCCCAGAGUGGAAUACACAGAGGAGGAGAUUGGCACAUGGAGGGAAGUCUACUCAACUCUGAGGGACUUGUACGUCACCCAUGCCUGCAGUGAAUACCUCGAGGCCUUCCGUCUCCUGGAAAGGCAUUGUGGGUACAGUCCAGACAACAUUCCCCAGUUAGAGGACGUGUCACGCUUCCUCAAAGAGCGUACAGGGUUCAUACUGCGUCCAGUGGCAGGUCUGCUCUCAGCCAGAGAUUUCCUUGCCAGUUUGGCAUAUCGGGUGUUCCAGUGCACCCAAUACAUCCGACACGCCUCUUCCCCUAUGCACUCCCCAGAGCCUGACUGUGUCCAUGAACUGCUGGGCCACGUCCCCAUGCUGGCCGACCGUACUUUUGCCCAGUUUUCACAGAACCUUGGUCUGGCAUCACUUGGAGCUUCGGAUCAAGAUAUUGAGAAACUGUCCACAUUAUACUGGUUCACCGUCGAGUAUGGCUUAUGCAAACAGAACGGGGAGGUGAAGGCUUACGGUGCUGGACUGCUUUCCUCUUAUGGAGAGCUUGUGCACUCACUGUCCGACGAACCAGAGACGAGAGAGUUUGAUCCAGAGGCCGCGGCAGUGCAGCCGUAUCAGGAUCAGACGUACCAGCCUGUCUACUUCAUUUCUGAGAGUUUUUCAGAUGCCAAGGAGAAAUUCAGAACCUACGUGACCGGUAUCAAACGUCCCUUCUCAGUGAGGUUUGAUCCGUACACCAGCAGUGUGGAGGUGCUGGACAACCCGCUGAAGAUCCAAGGAGGCCUGGAAGGUGUGAAGGAUGACCUUAAGAUGCUGACAGAUGCCCUCAGUGUUUUGUCAUGA